UUCGGAAGCGGUGGACAGAUUUGGGUGGAGGGGUUAUUUCCGCUUCCGUUACUGGGACUUGGACCCAGGGUGCUGCCGCCUCCCUUGCGACGAUGACUGCCACCUUGCGCCCAUAUCUCAAUGCAGUGCGUGCUACCUUGCAGGCUGCCUUGUGCCUGGAGAACUUCUCAUCCCAGGUGGUGGAGCGGCACAACAAACCUGAGGUGGAAGUCAGAAGCAGCAAGGAGCUGUUGUUGCAGCCUGUGAUCAUCAGCAGAAAUGAGAAAGAGAAAGUCCUGAUUGAAGGGUCCAUCAACUCUGUGCGAGUCAGCAUUGCAGUGAAGCAGGCAGAUGAAAUUGAGAAGAUCCUGUGUCACAAAUUCAUGCGCUUCAUGAUGAUGAGAGCGGAGAACUUCUUCAUUUUACGUCGGAAACCUGUUGAGGGCUAUGACAUCAGCUUCCUGAUCACAAACUUCCAUACAGAACAGAUGUACAAGCACAAGCUGGUGGACUUUGUCAUUCACUUCAUGGAGGAAAUUGACAAAGAAAUCAGCGAGAUGAAGCUGUCUGUCAAUGCCAGGGCUCGCAUUGUGGCUGAGGAGUUCCUCAAGAAUAAAGCUGUGAUGGGAGGAGAGGUCCGAGCCACGCAUCAGCAGCACGAGACGGAGCUGGAAUCUUCACUGGGGGAAACAGGUGUGAAUGCCUCAUCAGAGGUUCCCAAGAGACUGCAUGAGCCAUAUCUAAGGCGGGGGUGCAACACUCAGCUCUCCAAACAGUACAUACCGCCUUUGCUUAGUUUCCAUAGAGACGUCAAACAGUCGUCUGGGAGCUGUGGGGAGGAGCUGGGGCCGCGCAGGCGGGAACAAGCGCUUCGGCCACCUUCCACCCUCGGAUAUCCAGGGGAGGUGUGCCCAAAGUGUAAAGCAGGAGAGGACAGUCAUACUGAAGGGCUCAAGCGGCUUGGAAAAGGAGUUGGCAGGUUGAAGUCUGACGGAGACGCACUCCCCAGGACUGAACGCAAAUGUCUGCGCCCCAUUCGCUGCCAGCCAUCCAGUGUGCCCAGCACUAGCAGACGGAGGCAGGAAGCAUAUGGAGACUCUCUGAUAUACGGACGUUCACAGCAGAGCAUCAACUUCAGACUAUCCUUCAACCCAGAACGCCUUAAACAAGCCCGACAAUUUGUGGAGAGGGCCAUCAAGCAAAGGAAGAUCUUCAUGAUACAUGGCCCUUACCCUGUGAUCCGGAAACGACUGCGUGGCAGGGGCUGGGUGGAGAGAAAAUUUCCCAAGUUGCCUAAACCUGCUAAUAAGCGGGUGUGUGUGCCUGAUGGGGAGCAGGAAGAUGCAGACAAUAGCGAUGCACCAGAGGAUGAUGAAGAAGAGGAAGAGGAAGAUGAACAGGAUGAUGAUGAUGGCACCUAUAGCCUCAUGUCAAGGCUGGUUCGCAACCAGAUCCCCUACUUCAUCUGGACCAAUCGCCGUGAUGUCAUCGACUGCCGCCUUCUGCGCAAGGAACAGAUGAUGAACCACUAUGCCAAGGCCGGCACCUUCACCACCAAAGUAGGACUAUGCCUCAAUCUAAGAAACCUGCCAUGGUUUGACCAGGCUGAUGCCGAUUCCUUUUUUCCACGUUGUUACCGACUGGGAGCUGCAGAUGAAAAACAUGCCUUCAUUGAGGAUUUCCAGAUGACUGCAGCUAGGAGCCUUCUCAAAGUGGUGCUGAAACGAUAUUGGCGCAAAUCUCCCGCCAUUACCUUGCUGGAUACUCAUGAGGGCAAGGCUCCCAAUGACAAGGAGUCUCCAGAAGUCAAGCCAUGCACCAGCCACAAGAGAAAGCCCACCUUGUCAUCCCAACUGCUGGAGACUGCCAUCCAUGCCUGUGAGGAGCAUUUGAGCAGCUUGAGGCACCAAGACAUUGACAAAGAAGUUGGGUCUCCCUUGCAAAUGACAAAGGCACACUGGGAACAGUUUCUACAAGGCUACUAUCAGGUAGUCCAUGAGGGAGCCGAGAUGAUGCAGAUGGACACCUUUGUGGCACAGUGUGAAGAUAUUCUGCAUCGGUUGGCAAAAGUGGUCCCACAGCUGGACAUGGAAGGUGACAAAGAUAUCUGGAUUGUAAAGCCAGGAGCCAAGUCCCGGGGUAGAGGCAUCAUGUGUAUGGACCGCUUGGAGGAUAUUGUGAAGCUAGUGGACUGCGACCCCAUGAUUGUCAAGGAUGGCAAGUGGGUGGUGCAGAAAUACAUCGAGACACCCCUGCUCAUAUUAGGGACAAAAUUUGACCUGCGCCAGUGGUUUCUGGUAACUGACUGGAACCCACUCACCAUCUGGUUCUACCAGCACAGUUACAUCCGUUUCUCUACACAGCCUUUUUCCCUGCGAAACCUGGACACCUCCAUCCACCUCUGCAAUAACUCCAUCCAGAAGCACUAUGAGAACUCACAGAACCGUCACGCUGAGCUGCCCCCCGACAACAUGUGGUCAUCAGAGCAGUUCCAAAUCCACUUGCGGCAGGCGGGAGCACCAGAUGCCUGGUCGAAUGUGAUUGUGCCUGGCAUGAAGGCCGCCAUCAUUCAUGCCAUGCAAACUUCACAAGACCUGGUCGAGUUCCGCAAAAACAGCUUUGAGCUCUAUGGAGCAGACUUCCUUUUUGGAGAAAAUUACCAGCCAUGGCUGAUUGAGAUCAACGCCAGCCCAACCAUGGCCGCCUCAACUGCUGUCACUACCCGGCUGUGUGCCAGUGUGCAGGAGGACACUCUACGGGUGGUCAUCGACCGCAAGUACGACCGUGCCUGCAGCACAGGAGCCUUUGAGCUCAUCUACAAACAGGCAGCUGUGGAGGUUCCCCAGUACGUUGGCAUCAGCCUUUUGGUUGAAGGAUCCACCGUAAAGAAGCCUCAUACUGCGUUCCAAAGAACUCCCACGUCUGAUGACACAAGGAAUGCCAAGUCCAAGACCCCUAAGUUUCAUUACCAGCGUGGAAGCCAUGGGAGCCCCCGGGGGCCUACCCCAUGCUGGGCAGCAGUAAACGGCAAGGCAUUGGUGCUGGCAAGCCCUGGGAAAGAGAACAAAGCCAAGGAGACCUCUCUGGCUGGCCAGGUGGCCUCUUCGACUUCUGCUACGUUCAAGCUACCCAGCAAACUGAAACCAGAGCCGCGUAACAAUAACAGGAGGGUACUGAUGGCACACAGCGUGGCCACCACCGUUGCUAUCCCAGGGGACAUGAUGCUGCGCCCAGUGCAGCUCUGUGCCAAAUCUAGCUCUCAGAAGCUGUCCAGUAGCCUGCAGGAGUCCACUAACCGUCCUGCCAGGAUUGCUGGUAUGGUUUUGCAAGUGUCCGGCAAGGCAGUCCGAAUGCCAGGCCGUGCUCCACCCUGCAGGCUCCCCUGCCUCUUCUGCAAAGAUGGAAAGGCUUUGUCCAGAGCACAAGUGAUGUGUAGAUGUUCCAGAGCUGAGGCUGUGCAUCCCAAACUCUGCUUCCAUAUGGGGGUCAGCUCUUGCAAGGCGUACAGUGAGUCUGUGAGUCCUCAAGGGACAUUCCUCUUCCCCCCACUCCUGCCCUGAGAAGCCUUGCUUGACGAGCCCUUCACACAAGAGGG